CUGAUAACGAUACCAGUGGUUGCACGCCUCCGUCCUUUGCUCGACAAGGAGCUAGACAAAGAUGUAAUUGUUACUACCGAAGGAACCCAAGAUGGCAAAUCUACAAACAUGGUGCGGAUACCGAAUCCUAAGAACGAGGCGGAGGAAUUCAGUUUCGCAUUCAACGGAGUCUAUAACAUGGGGACAACACAAGAAGAGCUAUUUACAAACGAAGGUCCGAUAGAUCUCUCGUACCAGUGCAAUUGGAUAUAUGCUGAUGGAUCUCAGUCGCGCCGACACUCAAAUCGCUCUUCCAGGGCUUGGACGUGACCAUAUUUGCUUAUGGUGUCACAGGGACAGGCAAGACGCACACAAUGGCAAGUGUUUCUCAUUGAAAACUCAAUAGGAAGGGUAAUGCUGACUCGGAGGCUCUUCAAUAGAGAGGAGGAACGAAACUCGCUGACAGGGGUGUUAUUCCCCGUUUGUUGAGUGGAAUUUAUCGCCGAGGACGAAAAGUUGCAAAGGAUUCCGGAGGAGAAACAAGCGUAUCCAUUACCCUUUCGUAUUACGAAAUUUACAACGAUAAAGUUUACGACCUCUUCGAAACGCCAGAAAAACGGUCCUUGGCUGGAUUGCCUCUGCGAGAGAAGAAUGGGAAGACGAUUGUGGUGGGGCUUUCUGAAAGGGCUUGCGAUGACCUGAAGGAAUUUGAGAAACUAUAUAUCGAAGCCAACAAUAAUCGGUCGACGGCUGGCACCAAACUCAACGCUGAAUCGAGUCGAAGCCACGCUAUUUUGAUGGUAAAGUUAUACCAGAAGAAUGGAGACGGAACGUUGGUAAGUACGGCAUCCGCAAUAGACUUGGCAGGUUCCGAGGAUAAUCGACGAACCGAAAAUGGAAAGGAGAGAAUGGUCGAGUCUGCAAGCAUAAACAAAUCGCUAUUUGUGUUGAGUUCUUGUAUAGACGCCAUCGGACGUGGAGACAAGAGGAUACCAUACAGAGAAUCGAAGAUGACAAGGAUCUUGAGUUUGGGCCAAAAUAACGGAAUUACGAUUAUGAUACUGAAUCUUGCGCCGUUGAGAUCAUAUCAUCUGGACACACUUUCAAGUCUAAAUGUCAGCUCGCGCGCAAAACGAAUCGAAGUUAGAGAAAUUGAGAAUGAGAUAGUCUUCACUCAACCUCCAAGGAAAACUGCGCCGGGUGGUGCCACUCUACAACAACGACAACCAUUACGACCUCUAGCAAACGCCCACAACACUUACCCCAGCGCAGGAGCGCAAAAGGGUGACAAGCCAGCAAAGGCAUUCUCAGUGUAUACCGAUAGUAACAAGGCGAAGGCCGUUCCACGGAAUGCGAACACUACUACCAACGCAGUACGGAAAACAAAUCCUGGACAAAAGAGACCGUCCGAUGCAACCGGAAAUUCUCGCCCGACAAAACUAGCUCGACCUACCGUUACGAAAAGUGCGGCCGAGUUGUCUGCGGAAAAGAUCGAGGCAUUGAUCGAACGAAAAGUAUCAGAAGCACUGGCAAAUCGUGCAUUGGAACAACCAUCUGGAAAGCCCCCAUCCGAAAUCAGUGAAGCUGUACAAAAGCGACUCGAAGCUUUAGAGAGGAAGAUUGAGAAUGGAGAGGCCGAAGAAGCAAGAGCAGAAGGCUUGAGAUUCUUGUUGAUGGCGAAGCAGCACAAGGAACGCGGUGAAGACACCAGUGCACUAAAAAUGUACGAAAUGGCAGUACCAUACUUUCCUGCGCAAGAGAAACUACAAAAAAAAAUCGCCCACCUGAAGGCAAAGAUACAGGCAAAGAGAGAUUCGGAAUCUGCCAUGCAACCGGCCGCUACGCAAGUUCAACAACGAAAAGUCAUUGCUACUGCGCCUAUCGUUUCAAACGCCCAACUUCCUACGCCAGCGAAUUCCUUUGAGGAUUAUGCACCAGAGGAGCAAGUCAAACCAGCGAAGUCUAAGAUGCAUGUACACGUCGAUUCAGAUGAGGAGUUCAACGGCUCGGCAAUGGUACAGGACGAGUAUGAGGAGGACGACAGUUUCGCUUACAAGCAAACCAAGCCGAAGAAAUCCAAGACCAAAUCGUCAAAAUCUACUCUCAAAGUUUUUUCUGACCAGCUCGACGGCGAAAAGGCACCUCCAACACCGCGAACCAAACAGCUCCUCGAUAUUGUGAAUUCAAGAGACGUGGCAUUGAUUAUGGGACUUAGCGGUGUAGGGGCGAAGAAAGCUAGAGAUUUGGUCGAAUUCUUGGAAUUACAAGACGAAAGUUGCAUUGAAAAUCUACAGCAAUUGCGAGCGGUGCCUGGAGUGGGAAAUAGAACUGUGGAGCGAGCAUAUGAUGGAAUCGUGAAUGCAUUGCUAGUUUGA